ACUUGUCAAAGGGUGAGUGAAGGCGGAUGACGUCACAUUUGCGUGCAAGGACGACCAGCGAGAAGAACACUCGGACACGGGUUGGUUUUUAUCCUUUCCCGAUUAUUUUUGACACCACAAUGUUGCCUUCGAGAAGAACUUUUGAGGCUGACAAGCAGCAGCUGCAGCUGCUCAACGGCCGGCUGGCUCAGUACCUCACCAGGACCCAACAAUUGGAGCGGGAGAACGCAUGUCUCCUGGCCGAGAUCAACCACCUCAGACAGGCCCAGGUGGUGGAACGGGAACCGCAGUACAAGGCCGAAGUACGCGAGUUGAGGCGGGCGAUGGAGCGGGUGGCGCUGGAGAAGUCCCGCGCCGAGAUGGAGCGCGAGAAGCUGUGCAGGGACUUGCAGACGGCGCGCUCGCUGUGCAGCCAGCAGAGCGACGCCUGCCGGGACAUCGGCGGGGAGCUGCACGGCCGAGAGAAGGAGCUCCGGGCGGCCCACCACAACAAUGCGUUGCUCCAGCAGCGUUUGGUGGAGCUUCAGAGGGAGUACGCCCUCUUGGAGGAGACGCACCGGCAGCAGAUGGGACAGCUCAGACGACAAGUAGACAGCCAGGUGAAUUCCAUGGUGAUCACGCAGAGUUACCAUGGGCCUCCUGCGGCCUCCAUGGAAGACGUGGAGGAGUAUGCCCGCGGGAUGUCCGAGAGCUGGACACAGACCUUAGAAAUGUACCAACAGAAGGUGCAAGAGAUGGAACAAGCCAUCCAGGAGGACCAGGCCAUGCUAGAUGACCUGCAGAGAGAGAAGAUGCUGCACACCACCCAGUUGGACAAACUACGGAUGGACGCGGAGAAACAAGGGCAGCAGCAAAUGCGACUGGAGGAGCAACUCCUACACAUGCAGGAGAAAUUCAGUCAGGACGAGGGCGAGUAUCAGAUGAUUAUUGACCAGCUGGAACGGGAAAGAAACGCCAUGGCGGAGGCCAUUGCUCAGAGGACGCAAGAGCAUCAACAUCUGCUGCGAGUCAAGAUGGACCUGGGGAUGGAGGUGGCAGCCUAUAGAGCGCUUUUGGAGGGCGAGAGAGUCGGCCUUCAAGACGCUCACAGAAAGAUGAGCGAACUCCAGCGGGAACGUACUAUCGAUAUCAAGAUGGCCGGACAACGCUACGCUCCAAGAACUUCCGCCGCAAGCCGACAGCGUAUGGACGUCAGGUUCACCCCGUCAACAUCCAUUAUGAGAAGAUCUCCCGUCGUUCCUUCCGGGUCUACAAGUCCCUCCAGGGUCAUUCCGAUUUCACUCGCUCAGCAUCAGAGUCCGGCCUGCAGAAGGGACAUGAUCUCGUUCACCAAAUCCCGGGCGGCCAUUUCUUCCACUGUUCCCAAAGAGCAAGAAAAAAUCCAGAGUCAAAGUCCGACAUCGGUAGAGAAAACAAAGACAUUUGAACUUGCGUCUAAGGUAGAGAGCCAAAGCCCGACGUCGGCGGAGAAAACAAAGAAAAUUGAACUUGUGUCUAAGGUAGAGAGCCAAAGCCCGACGGCGGCGGAGAAAACAAAGAAAAUUGAACUUGUUUCUAAGGUAGAGAGCCAAAGCCCGACGUCGGCGGAGAAAACAAAGAAAAUUGAACUUGUGUCUAAGGUAGAGAGCCAAAGCAGUUCCACAAAGUCGUCUGUGGAGAACACGUCAGGUCAAGUGCUGUCACCACCAAGAAGAAACCGUAAGAAAAAGACAAAGAUGGAAAAGCCUAUGGCGGAAGUUGAUGGACCAGAUAUGCGUGAGAGUGAGCGUAAGGACAAAGGCAAAUUCGAGUCCACAAGUACGAGAAAGGCUUUCGAUGACAAUAUGUCCGUUGAGGACAUCAUUGAGACGGUGAUCAAACCAGCUGGUUUGGAAGCUGAGGUUUGCUCCUCUGGAGAACCGAAAAUCACCUAUCACGUGGAGAAAAGUCAACAAGACGACGGCUCGAUGAAGACUCAGAUUGUGUUGCAGUCGAAGGUGGAAGAGGAAGUGGACGUUUCGGAGGAAUCGGCUCUGAAUCAGCUCUUGAGCCAAGGAUUGAAGAAAGUAUCCCUGGAGGACAUUGAGGACACGGCAACGGGAAGCAUGAUCAGGAACCUUCUCAGUGGCCUACAAGGAGAAGGGAAAUCCGUCAAUGUGGAAAUUAUCGAGCAGCCGGUAGAGUCUUACGACGAAGUCAGUGAGGAGUCAAGAUCUGGUUUUUACGAGCCCUCUGCGUAUUUUCAAAUUGAGGAGAUGAAAGAAGAUACACAAGUUGAUGACGCGGCGAUAAAAUCCAAAGUCAGAUCCGUUCGGGUUCAGGAGGAGAGCGAGAAGUCGUUCCAUUUCAGCCGUGACAGAGAGCCGGCCGAGUAUUUUGUCUCCACGCCGGACGAUAAUCUCUCUGAACCUGAGGAGGGUUAUGGCAUUACCUCAUACGGUCAUUACGGAAUGGUGGAUGACUUAUCUGAUGAGAGGUAUUACCAAGAUGACGGAGUUCCACAAAGCAGAAGCAUCCAUAAAGAAAACAAAUAUCGCCUGACGUCAGAUCGACCUUUCCUCACAGAAAGCAUUCCCGAGUGCAUCAUCGAAGAGGAGGUUCGAGUUUCCCCCGUCGUCCAAGAGUCCAUGCUGGAGUUCUUGCGAGAGGACUCGCUGGAGCCUAAAGAGCAAAUAAAAGGAGCUCUGGAGAAGUUACAAGGCUCCAUGUCGGGCCCACUGAGGGAGGAGUUGGCUUUUCUCACCAAAGUGAGCAGUCAAAGUCCGCAGAACGUCGCCGUCAAGAAAGUUCAGACGUCGAGCGACGGCGGAACCACCACUAUUGUCGCGGAGCUCAACGUCUCGCAGACAUUGGAGGACUCCGGGUUGCUGGACGAGGACGAUUUAUCGGAGGAGCAGAUCAUGGCCGCCCUGAGUUCUUCCGACUUUGGGAACGUCUUGCAGGGAGUAUCCGGAGAAGGCUACAGCUUGAGGUUCUCCAAAGAGCAGCACGUCGUGAUUGAUGACGACUUUGACGCGGAGAGGGAAGGCGAGUCUUCGUCCCUCGUCGCUGGGAGACGAAUCAAACCGUCCGAGAUGGAGGGACACAGUAGUCGCUCGGAUCAAGAGUGAAUGAAAUUGGGACAUUUGAAAGGCCCGACAAAUUAUCAUUACAUUGAUUCUAAAUGCAAGGGUAGACUUGGUACUGCUGCUCUGGAAUUGGGGUAGCCUAAUUCUGGGCUCAGCAAGUAAACCCUCCCCCUCACCCCCUACCCCCCUCCCUCCCUCCCGUCCUCGAAAAGCCAUCCACUUGUUGACAAGUUCCUGCAGUUUAGGGAGGGGCGGCAGCGAAGCUACUAAGCGAGCAUUAAUUGAGGUCUUUUGGUGAAAGCAUGUUACGAAGACUUCUGGGCACUGUCUUAAAUCGUAAAAAAAAAAAAAAACGUUACUAAUGUUUCUAACACUGAGUGCAUGUGUUGUUUAUCAUAUGCACGUGUAGCUAUUACAACAGUGUUGAAAUUGAACAACUCAUACUAAUAUUUUCACAGAAUGAUAUUUAGCAUUUUUUCCAAUAGUGAGUUUAGAUCCAGUGAUGGUAAAAAAAAAGAUAUACAAAUUUACAUUACAGCUGAUAUAUUUCUAACCUUUUAAUUGUGGUUUAAAACGUGCCAACCACGGCAUCUCGCCACUCAACUUUGUGUAGCAGUUGGGAGCUCUGUGACUUUUCUUUCAUCAGGAAGUUGAAGUUAAAAGGAAAGACACAAAGUCAGAAGGAGGAAAUGGUGGCGUUUUCUGGAUAGUGUUCACUUGACACUUUGUGCUAUCUGUGCUGACUGCAAGGCUCCUUACAUAAGCGAGUGUGUUCAUUUCAGAUGACUAUUUUUGUAUCGGCUUAGCAGCGCUGACCGGUCAGAAGGUUUUGUUGUGUUGUGUGCACCUUGAAAGGUCACGUAAGUUGAUUUUAAAUCUGAUUUGAGUCAGUGCUUGAAAAUUAUUUAUAGUCUCUGUCAAUCAAACCAAAGAUGACAUUACAGAGAUUCUGUAUUAUUUCUCUUUUUUUUGUCAUCUCAACAUUAAGAAAAUAAACAUUUAAGGGCUGUUAAAUGUUCCACUUCUUAAAGGGGAAGUCGAAUCCAAUUUUUUUUAACAAUAUAAUGUAUGCGCCCCUACUAAUCCAAAAACGGCAUUCUGAUUAAUGUUGUGUUUGUGGAAUAUAAAUUAAGCGGCAAAGUUUAUCUGAUUUUAUCAGGGGGCGGCCAUUUUGCCACAUUUUCUGAAGCUGAUCCGUGAUUGGUUGUGACCUAAGACCUGGCAACCCUAAUGUCCUUUUCAGUCGACACCUAGUGACAAAAUGGCCGCCACCUGUGAUGCAUAAAAUGGAUGGAUUUUGCCUGUGUAAUUCAUAUUCCACAAUUAGUUAAGCUGAACAAACAUAUUUAAAAAAAGCGGGUUUGACUUCCCCUUUAAAAAUUCAGCAGGUCGCAUAUUGACGUACUGUAAUGACAAACAUGAUGCAGUUCCUUUUACUGAGAUCUUAUUUUACUAAAUGCACAUUUACACUUAAUAAAAACACUGUGGUAAGUA